AUGUCUGUCUUUAGCAUCUUGUCAUAUCUAACAACCAUACUGAGUGUCUUUAUCUGGACUUAUACGUUUGUUUACAAUAAGAACAUCAUUCCAAAGUAUUCCAAUUCCUUGCAUGUCCCAAAAGCUCGAAUAAAUGAAUAUUUAGAGAAUUCUAUAAGGAAGAAAUAUGGACUUAAUUUGAUGCAAGUCAACGUAGAAGAGAACUCCGAGUAUGAUUAUAAUAGCGAUAAACCAAGCAAUGGUAAUAGCUCACGUACUAGACUAGACAUUGUUAAACAUAGUUUCGUUGGAAUUUUGUUUAGUUUGACUAUAUCGUUGAGCAUUGGUUUAAUUACAUUAAUGAUGUGUGAAUUAGCUGACUAUUUUGAUGUUGGAGCUAGGUUGAUGAUGUUCAAGUUUACAAUCGAUCUGUUGAUGUUUUUGUUAGUGUUCUUGUUACCCAUUGGUAUAAUCAAUUUGUUUGUAUCCCAAGAUAUCUUCCCGAGAUCAUUAAAAUCAAAACGAAUGGUUUUAGUUGGUUUAAUAUUUGUCGGUUGGUUGUAUAUUUUGCAUAAAUCGGGAGACCUUACCCAAACCUUCACUCCAAGAACAAGUCAGCUGACCAAUAUCAAGACUCGUAAUAUGAUUGAACGGAAAAUCAAUGAGGUUUCUAUCGUAGGAAUCACCGUGUUGGCAAUCUUGUCAGGUAUUGGUUGUACAUCUACUCCAUAUAGAGUAUUUUCGCUCAGUAACUAUAUGGGUCGUUUGAUACUUGGAAAAUCAAAAGAAUUAUUCAAUGAAUCUAAGCAGAAGAAAGAGAUUGGUGAAGGUGAUAUAAAUUCAGCAAUCCAAUAUUUUAACAACACUUCUUCGUUAUUGACCAAACGUAAGCUUGAGUUAAAUAGAUUAUUAACAGAAAAAAGUGGAUCUAUAUACAACCUAUCCAAUGGCAACUCUUCAAGAGAUAACAUUCUCAGUCCGAAGAAGAAUAAGCAUCUUGGUUCAUUAUUUCAUAAAGUCCAAUCAUUUGCCAAUUUAUCAAUGUUGAAUGGAAAUUCCGAAGAAGACGAAUUAAAGAAAGAAAUCGACUCUUUCAUAGCAUUAAGAAACCUGCUUUAUGAUGACUUGAUCAGGAUUAUUGCCAGAUAUCGUAAACAACAAGCCAGUAAGACUGAAGGAACCACAUUGAUUGUGAAAACACUUUAUUGGGGAAAUAUUUUGUUUGGAAUAUACUGUAUUUAUAGAAUAAUUAAUGUAUUUGCCAUCAAGCUUCCGUGGAUGUAUCUAUAUGGGAAUGACUUACCUGAAAACAUCGCCGAUGAUUCAGAGACUCCGACAAGCAAAGAUGCAUUGGCAAUAACGUUGGCGAAAGUCAUUCUAUCUAUUUUCAGCAAUCUUCCUGUUUCAAAAGCUCAAUUAGUCAAUCAGCUAAGUUUUGUAUUAUCAGGAAGUUUGUUCAUAUGUUCAUUUUCAAAUGUUUUGUUUACAUUCAAAUCCUUUAGUAGGCUUAUUCCAACCAGUCAUGCAUCAGAAGCGAUCAAAAGUUGGUUAAAACACGUAGUCAUUGCCGAAUUAGUUGGCAUUUAUGUCAUCUCCACAGCGUUGUUGAUAAGAACCAACUUGCCAGCAAACUUGUCAAAUCAAAUCUCCAAGAUCUUAUCAUUAUCUGGGAGUGCAAUUAGUAAUCCAAAUGUUUCAAUUAGAGAGGUUAUGUUUAUAGACAAUUGGUUUGAUAAGAUUUUUGCAUUGUCGUGCGUGGUUACUUUAAUUGUAAUUGUUAUAAAGAGAGUUGUUGAUGAGGAUGAAAUUAAUCCAUAUUCACAAGAUGAGUAUGAUGAGGAACUGUUUAUAGAAGGUACAGAAUAUAAAUUGGCAUAG